AUGAUAAGCUCAAGAUCAGAUAAAGCAUAUUCUAUCAGCAUCCUUAGUCGGUUUAUGGCUAACCCAACUGAAGAACAUUGGAAAGGAGUUAAGUGGAUCUUAAGGUACAUAAAGUCAACACCAAAAGUUGGCUUAUGUUACAAGAAGUCAGGAAACCAAAUCCAUUUGGAAGGUUUUGUUGAUGAGGAUUAUGCAUCGAACAAGGAUAAUAGGAAAUCUUUAACUUCCUAUUACAUUCUACUACAUAGGUGUUGCAUCAGUUGGAAAUCUCAACUUCAAAAUGAAGUAGCUUUGUCAAAAACUGAAGUUGAAUACAUUGCCACCACAGAAGCUUUCAAAGAAGAAAUUUCACUCAAAGGAAUUUUAGAAGUAAUCAAGGUACUAAAGUCUCAAGUGAUCUUGUACUCGGACAAUUAG